CAACACAGCAUCAUUAUAUCUUGUGGUUCAGAGAUUAUAUACUUAUCGAGUGCCAUUUUACGACAAAACAUGAGUGACAUUACAGUUUGUGAUUUGUAUACAGAAAAGUGACACAGAAUGAAAAAAGGAGACGGAAAAUCGUGAAACCGUUGACGAUAACGGGGAAUUACCGCUGUAAAUUAUUUUCCUUAUAUCAAUAAUGCUCCAUACGAUUUUAACUUGGCAAUAUGCAUGAUAACGUGCAUGCGUGUGUGCGUGCGUCGCAUCUUCGAAGAGCGAAGGACGCGGAUUCGCCAAACAAAGCCGAGGACACGGAUUAAACUUGAAACGAGGAGGAGGCGAACGAGGACCGGACCGAUGGAGAAAAAUCUCUUCAAGGUUUUCCAUCCACGGUGUAUAUUCGAAUUCGAUAAUAAUUUUCACAACACAAAAAUCUGGAACACGAGAAACCUGUCUUUCCCCAAAGAACCAUAUGCGACGAAGCUGGAAAGUGUCAUCGCCGCGGGAGAAGUGAGGAAACGAAUAGAUAAUGAACGACGAUGGCGUCAUUACACGAAACGAACGAAGAAAGAACGACGGCGGGGAUUACCAAGCGAUAGGGAGGAAGAGAGGAGGAGAAACAGCGAAACUCCUUCCCCUACUUCUCUUCCGUGCUGAAAUAGAAGAAAAAGACGCAUCUAUAUAAGGACGUACGU